AUGCCACGUGUUGUAAUCAUUCGUCAACCAGUAUUGGCAAUGAUACAUCGUUUAAUUCAACUUUUCAUACUUUCAUAUUUCAUUAUUUAUGUGAUGUGGUUAAACAGAGGCUAUCAAUCAUUUGAUAAUCCAGUAAGCGGUGUGGCAGCUAAAGUAAAGGGUAUAGCCUGGAAGCAUGUGCCUAAGCAUCAGAAUCAUGACACUAACGGCAUAAUUGUACUGGAUAGUGCAGACUAUCAAGUACAGCCAUCACCGAAUUCUGCUUUUUACUUGAUAACAAGAAUUAAACACUCUGUUAUACAAAACAUGACAACAUGUAGCGAAGGUGAUCACCUACAUGAUGCAGAGUGCUUAGAAGACUAUCAAUGUCCAGGAGGUUAUCAAGCUGAUCAUCAGAUUUAUGAUUCAGACCGUAUUAAUGAAGAUGAGAUUUUGGUUGUAUCAGAUGAAAGUGCACACGGAAUAUUUACCGGGAAAUGUUUAAAAGAUCGUGGGAAAUGUGAAAUAUUUGGUUGGUGUCCAACUGAAGAUGACUAUGAGCACGAGCUACGCAAAGAACGUAAUGUAAAGAGAGUUCUAACUCAACCAAUAAACAUUUUAGAAGAAUAUUAUGGUUAUUUUACAGAUUUAGAAUUUCUAGAUGCCAAAAAUCGAAUUAACGAACGUACACCACACUCUGCUGAUCCAUUUUUCGAAGUUAUUAAUUUCACAGUUCUUAUUAAGAAUAGCAUAGAAUUUCCUGCUUUCCAAACGAAACGACGUAACAUCUUACCAUGGAUGACAAAAAGUUAUCUGAACGAUUGUUUGUAUAAUCCAGAACACACAAUUGAUCAGUACUGUCCCAAGUUCCGUAUAGGUGAUAUAUUUAAAUUUGCUGGAAGUAAUGCAAAUCGCAUGUUGAAAUAUGGUGGAGUUAUAGCAGUCACGAUUAAUUGGCAAUGUGAUUUAGAUUGGCCUAUUGAUUACUGCUUACCGCAGUAUGAAUUUUUAGAAUUGGAAAGUGUUCAAAAACCAGAGAAAGUUAAUGGGAAAAAUAAAACUUACCGUCAGAAGGAUAAUCAUGUCAGAUCUUCGUCAUCAGCAUCAAACAAAACUGACAUCCCAGAGAUGACAUUUGAUUACUCUUAUAUGACACGUAAAUUAAAUGGUGAAGAUGACUUUAUCGAUGACGAGGACGAGAUGACUACACUUCUUGAAGGAUUUUCUAUGCGCAUCACUUCAUACUUCGGCUAUGAUACAGAAAUGGUUAAGAAUCGCAAGCGUAUUCUAAUGCAUGUCAAUGGUGUUCAGUUUAUAAUACGUGUUACUGGAAGAGCUGGAAAAUUCAAUCUACUAUCAUUCUCAAUGCGACUUGGUUCUGGUCUAGCAUUGUUAGGCAUAUCAACAAUAGUAACUGAUUUAAUUCUGUUUCAUUUUACAAAUGAUCGUAAACACUAUAAAGAGAUCACUUGUGAUGAUAAAACACUGAAUCGUUUAUUAGCGAUUGCCGCACAAACUAGUCUGCCUGAAUCACGUCGUACGCAAAUGAUGCGUAAAAUUCAUGAUUCACAGUUAACUCAAGAAACAGAUGGUGUGCCCAAUAAAAAGAAAAGAUUUAAGAACAUCAAAUAUUUUAAAUGGGGUCAAAAGCAAUCAGGUGGAAGCGUUUUUCCACGGAAUAUGAAUAAAUCAAUAAAAACACCAACUGCUACACAUAUCUCACAUCCUACCAGCAGUGUUAUUAGUACUAAUACUUAUUCUUUGCCUUCUUCCACUACUCCUACUAUAACUAAUACAGAUACUAUUACUGAAAAUGAUAAUACUACUACUAAUAAUAAUAAUUCAGGUUUUACUGAUAACCAAAUAAUAUCUGAUACAACAAUGACUAUUGAGUCUGAUACAGAAAAUGGAAAUACUCCGUAUUAUGAUAAGGAUGAUUAUUUAAAUUCUAAACACAAGUUUUCAUAUGUCGGUGGAGAACAGACGGUUUAG